AGUUCCCUAUAAAGUGAAGCGUUAUUGGCGGGCGUCAUUUCUGGUUCCCAGCUGACUAACUCAAGCAGUGGAGUCGGGUGUAUUUGAGGGAUUUUCACGCUGGAUCGCGAGUGUUGAAAGUGAAAGCGUCAGAUGAAGCGUCCGGGCGUCAUGCGGUAGCGCGUUAUAAAGUUAACUUGUGUUAGCGUUCAAACACAGCGAUCAUGGACACGCGCGGGUUUAGAGCGAUGUUGUUAGAGAUAUCCAAUAAACUUUCCGAGGAGAAUGUGGCGAGUUUAAAGUUUUUGUGCACAGACAUCGGGAAGAAAAGGCUUGAGAAAAUCAAUAAGGGAAUUGAACUUUUCGAGUGCUUGAUCGAAAGAGCUGCAAUUGGGCCCAAUAACACGGACCUUUUGCGGAAACUUCUGAAUGACAUCGAUCAGACAGUUCUUCUCGAAAUACUACAGGAUUAUGAGACACUUGCGACCAGAAGCCCCGCUGAUGGACUGGAGGAGAAACAGCGAGAAAAAAUAAACAUUGCAACUGAAGUAAUAGUUGAACACCUGGGCAGAAAGUGGCUUCACGUUGGGAGAAAACUGGGACUUCAGCAGACUCAGCUGGAAGGAAUCCAGGAGAAACACAGCCGUGAUCUCGAGGAACAGGUCCGGGAACUGAUCCGACUGUGGAUGAAGAUGCGGAGAGAGAGCGCCAGGGUGGAGGAGCUCGUCCAAGCUCUCCGAGACUGCAAACAGAACCUCACCGCUGACCUCGUGGAGAAAAAGCUCCGAGAGCCUUGAACACCAGCGCACGUUUCCGGAAGCGCUUGUUAUUAUAAAGGGAGAGAGCUUUGGGAUUGAUAAUGUGAAUUUCUUUUUUUUAAAUGCAAAUGAACAUUAAAUCUUCUUGAAUUAAUUUUUGGUGCACAUUAGUUAAAUUAAAUGAUUAGGUAUUACAUAUUAAAUUAUGA